AAGAAGGAAAAUUAAGAUAAAAAAAAAUUCAUCUGGUCAUAUACAUUUUAGUGACUGCCAUGGACGAAGGCGGAAAAAUUGCGUGUCUUUUCUGUUGCAUUUGCUUCAUUUUGCCAACCAUUCUGAUCCCCAUCGGUUUAUCUCUUCAAAGCAUCAAGCCAAGAUGUUACAUAAAUGACUUUUAUGCUCCUGCCCUCAACACACACAUUCCUUCCAAUGCUACCAGUUCCAACACUUUCAUUUUCUUCGACCUUCAGCUUCGUAAUAUGAUGGAAGAGAACAGCUUACGUUAUGGAGAUCUGAACCUCACCCUCUUCUACGGCCUGGAUGGAAAUAUUCCUGUUGCUAAUUAUACAGUGCCUGGUUUCAAACAGGGUAAGAAGAAUACAAAUGAUUGGAGAGACGUUGUGGAGACUCAUGGACUGCCUUGGGAUGAUGCUAUCAAAGUAGUUUCCAAUGGUUCCAAAGUGGUUUUCAGGGCGGAUUUGGUCGCAGAUGUCAAGUUGAAACAAAUGUUUUGGUCGAAGAAAAAGAAGAUCGUUUUGAAAGCUACCGUCGAAGUCGAUGGUUCUGGUGAGAAAGUCCAUGGGAAACCCAUCGGACUCAAGUCAUUUGCAUAUUAGCUGUUAUGAAUUUAAGGCAUUUAGUAUGUGCCCAUCAAUAAAUGAGUUACAAACGUUUGAUGAUAUUUAAUGAUAUUCCAGAAAUUAUUUAAAUA